CAUGUCCAAACACAACUUAAACUUUCAAAAAUUAUUUUUCAACACAACUUCAAAAACUCUUUUUUUAAAUUUUAACCAAAUUUAUAUUCAAACGCUAGCUAAGUUCCAAACCUAGAACCUUAAUUUGGAAACUGCAAGUUCUACUCCUUUCUUCCUAAUUUAUUUGACACUUUUAGCUUAUCAAAAGCUGUCAAAUCUAAAUCACCCUAAAAUAAUUAAUUAUAUUUAAAAAUAUAAUAUUUAAAAAUACACAAAAGUACUGCUAUAUAUUGCAAUUCUCCUAAUAUCAAAAUGGUGGUAAAUACGUUGUAAAAUGUGGGCAACGCUCAGGCUGUUUGAAUCUUGUGAAACUACAAACAGAUAAAUUCAAUGAAAUCUCAUAAACCGAGAAAGGUAAACUUUCUCUCACAAAUGCAUGUCCAAAAUUUCCUCUUCCUCUACGCCACCUCAUUCUCACCAUCAUAUUCUUUUUUGAUUACUUCCUCAUCAUGCUGUGGCAAAAAAUAUGAAUGGCACUCCAUUUAUAAUUGCUCCUAUAGUCAUAUGAUAAUUCGAUGUAAAUAUGUUUUAGCUCUUUCGUUUGUUUCCCAUUUAAUUUUUGUACUUUUGCUGGACCGUUAACAAAUAUAAUUCAUUAUUUGUAAUGUUUUGUACUUGUUAGUCGUCUAGCUCUUCAUAGGUCCACCACAAAGUGCAUUUCUCUAACCCGUACCAAAAACUGUUUACAUCUGGUAGCUGAAAAAGUAUAUAGAAUAUGUAUAUUUCGUUUGUAUAUAAUAUAAAAUAUAUAUAAGAGUGACUAUACAAUGUCAUUUUUUCAACUAGGUAAAAAGGGACGAGGUCAAUGUAGGCCUUAAAUCUAAUAGCCCAUUAGAGACUGCCAAAAGGCUAGCCCAAAUAAUAAGGUAAGAGUUGGAGACCACCCAGCGUAAGCCCAUUUAAGCGAUGCCCGUUUCAAUACCAUAAACCUAGAUAGCAUUUCCCGGUAAUAGGCAAGGGGGGAGUGCAGACAUACUCAUUUUUUGGGCCAUUAUUGAACUUAUAAUUGCGUUGCACAAUUUUUUUUGUUUUUUUUACCCACCUUGGAACAGACUUCAUAUGUCGCUCCUAAGUUCCAAAAAUUCGAAAAAUUCGGGUAGUUUUCGCGUCUGAAGUUAUACUCGUGACAGUGCAACUUCAGACGCAAAGUUAUAAUUUUCAAUUAAUGUUCGCGUUUAAAGUUCUUUCCUCAGCGGCGAAGGAGGAGGAGGAGUCGGCUUUGUCCGAAGUUAUCUUACUUUGAGUGCUAAUUAUUUAAAAAAAAGAAGUUAAGUACAGGUUAAAUAGGGGCGACUCUAGUAAAGAAAAAUAGGGGUGACUAAAUUAGGUGUCCCGUGGAAUUUUUAUUGGGAAAAAGUUCAAAAAAUUUCAUCGGGUGUCCUCUUAUUGGUUAUUACUUUUCCGGCCCGUUAAAUUUUAACAAAUAUAAAUAUCGGCAAAACUUGUGCUCCUCCUCCUCUUUUUCCCCCUCCUUCUCCCUUCUUUGCCGUCUUCUUCACAUAUAUUGUGAAAACUUGAAGACUCAUUGCUUAUUUGUUGUCAAUUUGGUGAAGAAACUUGAACAUUAUUAAUAGAUUUUUUGAGCUUAAAUGUUGAAGAAGGAAGCGUAAGUUUAUUGCUAUUUGAAGGUCUAGGAUUAAUCCAACCAUUGGGAAUUGUUAGGAUUAGUAAUAGAAUAUUGAACAUCAAAUUUGGAAUCAUUUAGAAUUUAUGGACCAGUUGGAUCAAUUUUGAAGCAUAAUAUUAUGACCGAAAAAAUCAGGUGUCAUGCGGGAGCUAGUAAAGCAAGCCUUGAACAACGAUAAAUUCAAUAACAAAAGAUAAAUAUAUCAAAAGAGACAAACAUUUAGCGUGGUUCAGUCAAUUGACCUACGUCAACGGGCGGAGAUGAGCAAUUCACUGUAAUAAAAGAGAAUACAAAAUAUUGAGAAAAUAAUCUCACGAAUAGGCAAAUAUAAGUGACACACUAACACUUGUCCCCUAAAGUUCUCCCCCUAAACACGACUCUCAAACCUCAUAUGGCUACACUGUAGAUGCUACUGAAUGAGAAGGAAAGAUCCUCAAUUUAUAGAAGUCCAAACAUUUUCCUACAAGAAAAGGGACUCGCCAAAUGGGAGAUUUAUGUUUUCUUCUAAGAAUAAGAAAACCCAAUUAAGGUAAACAUGUUUCUCUUUCCUUCAAGAGGUAGGAAACCCAAAAUAUGAUAAGAAAAUUAGGAUAACUCCUAACGUGAAAUUUCUUAGAAACUUCUUGUGAUUCGUUAGCAAUUGUGAGUAAUUUGUCCCAAAUUUACGAUACAAUUUCGACUAAAGUCCUGCCAAUCUGCCAAGACUUAUAGCAAGCCUAUCAAUCAUAAACUCUGGGUGUUCCAUCAGAUUCUGUGAAUAAUUUAUUUUAAAGUUACGAUACAAUUUAUACCAAACUUUUGAUGAAUUGUCAGGCCUUUUGGCAAGUCCAUCUAUUAGAAAAUCCUGCUGAUUCACUAGGACAUUUUGUACAAAAGUUUCACUACGGUCAAAACCUAUCGCUGUCAACCGACUUCGAUCGGUUAAAAAAUCAGCCGUCGAUUUUUUAAAAUAUUUUAUUUUUUAAAUUCUUUUACGAUGCCUUAUUUUUGGCACAAAAUGCGGGAAAUUAUAUUUUACAUCCCGCGAAAUUUAUUUUUCAAGAAAUCGAUCAACUUUGAUUGGUUUUUCAUUUAAAAUAAAUUAAUAUUAAUAUUCAAAAAACCGACCGAAAACUGUCAGUUAUUUCGGCCGGUCAUUUUAAAAUACCAACCGAAUUCGAUCAGUAAUUUUAUUUUUUUAAUAGAAUUUGAUCGUUUGUGAAAUUUAAUUGACUGAUCGAAAUCGGCGGUCGAAAAAUAUCUACCGAAAUAGCUCAUUUAGCGUUACAUGUCGCCAUCGAUAUUUCCUUUAAGAUAGUUAGUCCUUAAAAGGGAAUGUGAACAUGGUGACUAAACAGAAGUUAGAGUACUCUUUUUUCCUCCUCAUUUCUUCACUUUCGGUUCAACCAACUCAAUUUAGAAACCUAAGGUCCUACACUCAAUCUAAACUCAAAUCAUUUUAUCCCCACAUUGCUCAAAUCUCAAUUUUUCCAAUCUCCCUUUUCCUUAUACUAAUAUUUUAACUAUAUCUUGACUUACUUAAAAAGUAGUAGUUGGAAUUUGACGUCAGCUAAUAGUAAGACUUGCAUCUUUUGUUAUUUGCUUCUACAUAAUGCAAUUACUAUGUUUUACUUUCACACCUGAAUUUCAUUUUAACCUGACUUCACGACUCAGGCUUUUCUAUUGUUGGUGUUAAGUUAAUACAGAAGUUUUCGUGUAUCAACACAAAUAUUCAUGGUUUGCUUGUCAACAUUUAAUUUAAGUUAUUGAUCAAUGCAUAGUUACUUGUAAUUACCUUUUAAAUAACCUGAUAAUUUAAAUAUUUCUUACACUCUCAGUCCAUAAAAUUUAAACUCAUCUCCAUGACUACACAAUAACAUUUUAACGCGUCCCAAUUUGAUGGAUUACUUGGCCUUAAAGACUUAACAAAAACUGGAAUGUAACAACAACCUUAAAGUGGUCAGAAAUGAAAUAUAACAACCCAAUCAUUGUAUUAUACUGGACUGGAGUCAAGUCAAUAAUAACUGUGUAGCUGGGGAUGGGGACCACUUUUUUUUUUUUUUAUAGUUGCUUCAAGUUUUAAAACAUAGGUUGUCUUCAUUGGGCAACAAGGUACUAAUUGUCAAACUCUCACAAUUAUUUAAUCAAACCAAAACAAAGACAAGUUUGAAAUAUUUGAUUUAUAAAAGAUAAAUUACACCAAUUGCUUACAACUAUAAUCCUAAUGCUUUCCUCUAUACCAAAAUACUUUGUCCUGUUCCUCCUUCUCCCUUUGCUCUUUCUUCUUGUUUUAGACAUAAUAUGAACCUUCAAAGCCUAUUCAUGGUCAAGAAAUCUGUUUCUGUUCUUGUCAUUGCUAUUCUUUUCAUUACCUUAGCAGAUGACACUCUCUCUAUAUACCUCAAUUCUACUGCUUGUAUUACACAUAGUUGUGGUAAUGGAGUUAAGAUAUCAUACCCCUUUUGGAUUCCUGAGAAACAACCACCUUAUUGUGGCUUACCAGCUUAUAAUGUCGCCUGCAAUAAGGAUAAGUCACUUCUUCAUAUUUCUGGAGAUGAAUUUAUCAUUAAAGAAGUGUUUUACACAAACAACUCAAUUCUCCUAGCUAAAGCAGAUGUGUUUGAUGAAAACAACAAAUGUCCAGUACCAACACAUAAUUUUAGCCUCAGGGGUACUCCGUUUCGCUCAGGGCCUAACACUGCAGAUCUCUUCUUCUUCUAUGAAUGUACUCAACCUUAUGAAAGGGAGACAUAUGCUGUUAAUUGUGCCAGCAAUGCCACUCAUCAUUCUUUUGCUGUUUUCCAUACUGAGCUUUUGGAGCACUCUAACUAUUCAGUCGAAUCGUGUCAAGAUCCUGUUUAUGCCCUUGUUGAGACUGAUUCUUUAGAUAGAUUGCUAAAAAUGAAUUACAUGCAAGUUCUGCAAAAGGGAUUCUUUCUACAAUGGGAUGGGACUAAUUGUAGAGAUUGCCAGCAUAGUGGAGGGCACUGUGGUGUUCAAAACAAUGAAUUUAUUUGCAUUUGCAAAGACCAACCCCAACAAAGGACUUGCCUUCAUGGAAGAAACAAAAUCGGAUUGAAGGUUGGCAUAGGAGUUGGUGCAGCUGCAUUUACUGCUUUGAUGGCAGGUGUAAUUUUUCUUUUCUAUCGUCGUAGACAGAAGAAACUUUAUGCUGGUUCGUCCUUGUUCUCGACAAGCAUUCUCUCCUAUCCCUCCUCAACAAAAGAUCCCGAAAAGGCUACUAGCUUAAUCGGAGUUCACCUCUUUGAUUACAACGAACUAGAUGAAGCCACUAACAAUUUUGAUUCCAAGAAAGAGCUUGGAGAUGGUGGAUAUGGCACAGUAUACAAAGGUAAACUUCGAGAUGGGCGUGUUGUUGCUGUAAAACGUUUAUAUGAAAACAACUGCAGGAGGGUUGAGCAAUUCAUGAAUGAAAUUGAUAUCUUAACACGGUUGCAUCAUCCAAAUCUAGUCACCCUUUACGGAUGCACAUCUCGCCAUUCCAGGGAGCUUCUACUUGUUUAUGAAUACAUUUCCAAUGGAACAGUUGCUGAUCAUCUACAUGGUGUACAUUCAAAGCCUGGAUCGCUUGCUUGGAAUACACGAAUGAAGAUUUCCUUAGAAACAGCAAGUGCAUUAGCCUAUCUCCAUGCUUCAGAUGUCAUUCACAGAGAUGUAAAAACUAACAAUAUCCUCUUAGACAGCAAUUUCUGUGUUAAAGUAGCAGAUUUUGGCUUGUCUCGGCUUUUUCCAUCGGAUGUUACACAUGUCUCAACAGCUCCACAGGGUACUCCUGGAUAUGUUGAUCCCGAGUACCACGAGUGCUAUCAGCUCACUGACAAAAGUGAUGUUUAUAGUUUCGGAGUGGUACUAAUUGAACUUAUAUCAUCACUGCCUGCUGUUGAUAUCUGUAGGCACCGACAUGAAAUAAAUUUGUCGAAUAUGGCCAUUAACAAGAUUCAAGGCAAUGCAUUACAGGAGUUGGUGGAUUCAAAUCUUGGGUUUGACACUGAUGACAAAGUAAGGUCAAUGGUUACUGCAGUGGCGGAGUUGGCAUUUCAGUGUCUGCAGAGUGAUAGGGAAUUGAGACCGUCUAUGCAGGAAGUCGUGGAGGCGCUGCUGAGAAUUCAGAGAAUUAAUAACACAACAGGGAAAACAGAUAAGGGAUGUCCUGAUGAUGAUACAGGGUUGUUGAAUAGUAUCACGUUAUUAGUAUCACCUGAUUCAGUUACUACAAAAUGGAGUAGCAGUCAAACGACACCCAAUGCCAGUACCUAGUUUUUGCUCACAUUGCAAGUUUUCUGCUGUUCUCUAGGGUGGUACUUGAGCACCUGCUAUGUUGGUUGCCAAAACCUGAAUUUCAUAAACUUUGAUUACCUUGGUUUUCUAUGUGAAGUAGAAUGUAUAUAUUUCAGUGCAGCUCGUUUAAUUUGACAUUUCUUAUUCGAUUUCA